AGACCGAACUUUCUGGCCCCUUGCCUGACGGACAGGCAAAAAAGAUGUGGAAUAGUGGGUUUGAAAGCUUCGGCAGCACCAGCUCUGGCGGAGCGGGUGGUUACACUCAGUCCCUGGGGGGCUUCGGCUCACAGACCCCGACGCAGGCCGAAAGGAAAUCAAGAACCCUAGCCCAGCACAUCGUACCCUGUACUAUAUCUCAGCUGCUUUCUGCCACUCUCACAGAUGAAGUAUUCAAAAUUGGGAAUGUUGAAAUUUCACAGGUCACUAUUGUGGGAAUAAUCAGACAUGCAGAAAAGGCUCCAACCAAUAUUGUUUACAAAGUAGAUGACAUGACUGCUUCACCCAUGGAUGUUCGUCAGUGGGUUGACAAAGAUGAUGCCAGCAGUGAAAACACUGUGGUUCCUCCAGAAACAUACGUGAAAGUGGGUGGCCACCUCAGAUCUUUUCAGAACAAAAAGAGCCUUGUGGCAUUUAAGAUCAUGCACUUGGCGGACAUGAAUGAGUUCACCACACAUAUUCUUGAAGUGGUCAAUGCACACAUGUUGCUGACCAAGUCCAACAGCCAGCCCAUGGCAGAAAGACCCUCUCUCAGCAACCCAGGAAUGAGUGAUGCAGGGAACUUCAGUGGGAAUAGCUUUGUGACCUCCAAUGGCCUUACUGUGGUUCAGAAUCAGGUGCUGAAUUUAAUUAAGGCUUGCCCAAGACCUGAAGGAUUGAACUUUCAGGAUCUCCGGAACCAUCUCCAGCAUAUGCCUAUAGCCACAAUUAAGCAAGCUGUGGAUUUUCUUAGUAACGAGGGACAUAUUUAUUCUACUGUGGAUGAUGAUCACUUUAAGUCCACAGAUGUAGAAUAACGGGAUCUCCUUGAGUAUCUGAGAGAUUGCCAGCUGGACCUGGUUUUCACAAUCUGUUUGCUCCAGCUGUGCGUGUUUGGCCAGGUAUUUCUAGGAAAGAGGUUUUGUGCUGAUGGUUUCUUGCUCUCCUGUUUUUGUUUUUGUUGUUUAGAAACUGAAAGGAAAAUGAGCACUUGACAGAGAGGUAAACCAAGGUGGAGUUCGUUAAAGAAGUUC